AUGGAGUUCACCUGCAGCAAUUGCGGUUUCUCCAGCUUUUCAAAGCUGAUCUAUCAGGAGCAUAGCUGCCAAGGGGACUCCUCAAGAUGGAAGUCUUACCAAGUGGAAGUGAGAGAGGAGAUUGUGGACCCCCAUCCGGUGGCAAUUGCCACUCCAGUGGAAUCGACGGAGGACGUAGGCUUGCCAGGGAUGGUGGCGGAUGAGGAUGACUAUCGGGAUCCCCAAAGCGCGCCGUUCCGUUGCAUUUGCGGCUUUAGUGCUUUCUCGCAGAUGCUCUAUGAGGACCACGAGUGCAAGUUUGUGAUGCGGGAGGCAGUGAGGGCUUCGGUCCGAGCGAGCACCACCUCACGCUUGAAGGACGUGGGCCUUCACCACGAGCGCGUGGGCAUGGUGAGCACGAAGCAGGGCCCGCAGACGGUGCUGGUGAAGACCAGGGACAGCGGGAAGGUGCUCUUUGGCCCCCGACCGCUGGAGAAGGAGACCACCGUGGCAAAGCUGAGAGAUCGCAUUCUAGAGGUGAGAAAGCAGCCGUGGGCAAGCAUGAAGUUCUACCACAAGGAGUCAGAGCUCGCGGCUGAGCUGUUUUUGCACCACAUCCCAGAACAGUCCUUGCUUCUACUGGCCGACAUCAACAGUGCGACGCUGGAUAUCCAGGUGAAGAAGAACUACUUCAACAAGUUUCCGGACGUAGUGACGGAGGUUCAGAUUGCGCCACAAAGCGAAGAGGAGUACGAGGCGGAUGUACGGCAGGUGCGGGAGAACCUGAAAACUCUCCUGGGGCGCUACCGCACACUUUCAGAAGAGAUCAACUCGAUCGACGGAGCUGCCUUGAUGGCGACCAUCGAGGAGAGGCCUCGGAACUUGAGCUGUGUGCCGUUCAGCAGCUGCCUCUCGGCGGAACAAUUCUCUCAGCUCCAGAUCUUUCUGCAGAAGGCCAAGACAGCGAGGCUCUGGAAGCAUGAGGCCUUUGGUCAGCACUACCUGAUGGCUUGGACUGCAGGGCACAAGCUCAGGCUCUCCAUCAUCAGUGAGGAUUUGCCAACACGAAGCUAUUUGGGCAGGAUGGGCAAAUGA